CAAAUCAUUUUGAACGUCGCCAUGGAAACGAUGAUAAAUAUAACAUGGUGAACUAGAUUUUCAACCGCAGUUCGCAUUCAUGGACCAGUUGCAAUAUAUCUACUCGAAAAGGCGGAAAGAAUUUGGCAAAAAAUGUUGCUUCAAAAGGAACAAAACGUCACUCCUGGUGUCAAUUCCUGCCAAUCCAGAAUACUUCAGGAGCCACUACAUCUUAACGAAUCCAGUGGACACGGAAACUCAAACGAUGGGCGGUGAUUAUUCGGAAUGUGAUCAGGUUAACACGGCUCGUCCAGAGUUUGAAGAAAGAGGAAUGAACCACUUUGAAGGUGGUUGGCCCAAAGACCUGAACGCAGCUGAUCCCGAACAAACACUUAGAUUCAGGAAGAAAAUAGAAAAAGAUGAGAAAUACAUUCACACCAUUCUCCAACUAUCGCAUGCAGUAGAGCACUGCAUUCUUCAAAACAACGCGCUGGACAUUUAUGAAACCUAUUUUGAACCUGACGACAGCUGCAUGCAAGCUGAGCCGCUGUCGGCAAAAGGGCUCAAUGUAUUUCAAGACCCUUGUCAGCUCAAGCGUCCGGUUCAUCACAUUUCGUGGGCGCCAGAUGGAGGAACUCGCAUAGCAGUUUCUCAUUGCAGUUUAAUCUUUCAACAAGCAACUCAAGUUGACUUGAGCAGCCAAACCUACAUUUGGCAUAUAGAGAAACCUAAUAACCCUGAUUUAACAUUGAGGCCACCCUCGCCGAUAGUGUGCUUAGAGUACAAUCAAAAAGAUCCAAACAUACUGAUCAGUGGGUUCUACGACGGACGGGUUGCCUGUUGGGACACCAGGAAAGGCCCGGAACCUGUGGAAAUGAGUCCUUUGGAACCCAGCCACCGCGACCCAGUGCACAGGACCCUUUGGAUGAAUUCAAAAACGGGCACAGAGUUUUUCUCCGCGAGCAGUGAUGGACAAAUAAUGUGGUGGGAUACCAGAAAGCUCUCCGAGCCAAGUGAGGUUUUGAUUUUGGACCCAAUAAAAGGUCAAGAACAGAGCCUGAACAGAGCCUUAGGCGCCAUCAGUCUAGAGUAUGAGCAUACAAUACCAACCAGAUUCAUGGUCGGAACAGAAAUGGGUGUCGUUUUCAAUUGCAACAGAAAAGGGAAAACUCCACCUGAAAAAAUAGUGUGCCAGUACAACGCGCAUUUGGGAUCUGUAAAUGCGCUCCAACGAAACCCAGCAUUCGUCAAAAACUUUCUCUCGAUCGGAGAUUGGAGCGCGAAAAUUUGGUCAGAGGACGUGAGGGAAUCUUGCAUCAUCAGCACGGGUUACGGUCCAUGGCAGCUGACGGAUGGAUGCUGGAGCCCAACAAAGUUUUCCGUGUUUUACACGACCAGAGAGGACGGGUGUUUGGACGCGUGGGACCUUCUGCAACAGAGGCACAAGUCGGUGCUGAACGUCAAGGUGUGCGACGUGCCGCUCAGGUCCAUCCGAAUGCAGGAGCAGGGCCAAAUGGUUGCCAUUGGAGGCGACAAUGGCACCACCUACUUGUACCAGGUGUCUGACCAGUUGGUUGUUCCUCAGAAGAACGACAAACCCAUGUUCACAGAGAUGCUCGACAGAGAGACGCGGAGGGAGAAAAUUGUGGAAGCGCGAAAGAGAGAAAAGCGGGUCAAAGGAAAGGUCAAAGGGGAUGAGAAUCGACAUGGCAGUCAGGCCAAAGCUCAAGAGACGCUCACAUUUGAGGAAAUCAAGGAGGACGCGCAGAUAUGCGAGGCUGAGAGGCACUUUUUGGAAGCGGUCCAAUCGGAGGAGCAGAAAAAAGCUGCGGCCGCGGCCCCCGAGGAGAGCAGCGAAGAGGCGAGCAAGUGAACGAAAACGCACGAUAGGCUCAGUUUCAACGGUUUUAUUCAAGAUUAAUUUGUAUGGCUAAUAAUCACAGAGACAGUUGUACACCGAGAUAUGUUGGAAUAGAAAAAAAUCACCAGGGUGACUAAAAAAGA